AUCGUGAAUUGCACACUACUUUCUCCUCCGUCCUUCUUAAACCCCCAAAUUCUUCCUUCGAUAUCUUAAAACCCGCUGCGACAAAGCUGCACGUGCAUGGACUUCAAUAUUCUUCUUGGCCUCGGUGCGCGGAGCUUCCACUCGAUUUCAAAUCUAUGCACCUGACAUCUCCGUCACGUCUUGGUGACUCUUUGUUCGCCUUGUCUGUCAGCCUAUUUACAUUUAGAAAAACGCUCUUGCAAGAGAGAACUCUACUUGUUCUUGAGUAAUACCAGGAUCUGCAACAUGAACGGCACGCCAAAUGGCAACAGCACGAUCGGGCAAACAAAUGCGACAGGGCCGAGCGAAAUCAACGGAAGUAGCACAAACUUGCUACCAAGAAUUCACGAAGCUCUCGACAUAGUCCACGGCCCUUACUCGUCGAACGAGUCCCGUCAGCAAGCUUCUAUAUUCCUCGAAGAAGUAAAGUCAAGCAACGAAGCUCCCUACCAUGGCUUCACCCUAGCAUCCGAUAAAUCACAACAACCCGUCGUCCGUCACUAUGCCCUGUCACUCCUCGAGCACGCGAUCAAACACAAAUGGGCAGAAUUUUCGGAGGCGCAAGCUGCGGCUCUGCGAGAAUGGAUCCUCCAACUCUCCCAGAAUGUGGCAAUGGAAGAUCCUCUAUACCUGCGCAAUAAGACAGCCCAAUUAUGGGUCGAGAUCGCAAAGAGGAGUUGGGCUUCCGAGUGGACUGAUAUGGACGAGCUCCUAGUGAGACUAUGGGAUAUUCCAGGACCUGUCGUGCACAAGGAAUUUGUACUUUUCGUCCUGGAGACUUUGUCUGACGAGGUCUUUAACGGAGAGGAUACAAUCGCAAUUCUCAGAGAAGGUGCACUAAGUAAAGCUUGCGUGGAAAUUUUCACACCUGCUAUCGUAUUAGCAGAAGCUUUUCCCAACCGCCAAAUAGGCACAGCCGUUAGAUAUGGAGAAGAAGGUUGGCUUGUACGGAUCGGAGAGCUGCUGAACCAAUGUCUGGACAACGAUCUUUCUGGAAACUCUCAGUACCAAAGCUGUGCUGUAAGAAUCUUGGCAGUCUACAAGUCUGUGAUGCCGUGGGCCGUCCCAAAAGCAAUUGCAAGUGCCUCUUGCGUUGACUACAUGUGCAAAAGCCUGGCAGCAUCUAGUGUAGCUGUUCAAUUAGCAUCUGUAGAAGCACUCCAUGCUCUAUACAGUCGGUUGCAUAUUUCAGACGAGGAGUUCGUGUCUCUGGUCUGCCCAAUGUAUAGACGGCCAAUCGUUGAUCUACUACAUAAGCUCUUCGCUUGGUCGGUGGUUGAUCCUCACGAUAUCGACGAUGAAAAGUAUCUCUUCGCUAAAAGAUUUUCUGAAAUGGUAUCCAAUCUUGGAGGCUUCAUAGAACAGAAGAUUUCAGCUAUACAAGAAGAUUGCGAUUUGCCAAAUUUGCUAAAUCUUUUCCUUGCUAUCGCUCAGAGUCAAAGCUUUGUUAUAUCGAUACCCAUUCUCGUUACGUGGACACGACUUCUACGGUCGAACACUAUUGGCGCAUCUCCUACUAUGACUCCACUGAUUGGCCCUCUACUUGAGUUGUGUAGCUCAAGACUCAUACGCUACGAAAGCAUGCCAGAAGACUCCGAAGAUCCAUCCCUCAUCUUCUUAUUAGAUGACAUUGACACAAUCCCUGAGCGACAUGCUUUCCUUGGAAACUAUCGCCGUUAUUGUGUUCACAUUAUUGAGUCCAUAGUACGACAAAACAAAUCUGAGGCCAUAUACCACAUUCUCUCCCAAGUUGAUCAGUCGAUGCAGCACUUGUAUGAUGGCCAACCCUCCUUUUCCGUCGAGACAUAUUCAAAGACCUCCAUCCCCAUUCUGCGAGUCGACGCACAUUUUACAGUGGUCGAGGCUGCUUUGAAAGGAUACAUGAAAUGGAGAGCAGCCCUUGGAUCAAAACCACAACAAGACGAACAAGAGCGAAUCACCAUGGAAACCAAUAUUGAAGCAUGGUGUGAAAGACUACUGGACAUGAACUUCGAAGACCCAAUCAUUCGCAAGAGGGUUCUUCAACUGGCUGUUGCCUUUUCGACAACAGCCCUUGAUAAACAAGUGGCUUUCAUGCUCAAGGUCCUUGAGCACAUUUUGAUGAGUAGGCCACCCGAGCGUCCAGACCACAAUGCAUAUAACGAUGCUGUCAAAGAGUUGCAUGCUGAAGGCAUGUAUGAACUACAACGACUUGCUAGCAAGAUGCCUGACCAGCUUUUGGAUGUUUAUGAUCAAUUGGAGGCAAAAGUUAACGAGAUAAUCUCGACGGCAUCUCUCGAUACGAAGCGGAAGGUUUCCUACCAAACUUUCCUGUUCAUGAUCAUUCAUCGAACAUCUAAAAUCGAUCCCGAAAUACGUUUGCAGCGACUUCACACUUUCAUCAAUCCUGUACAACAAUUAUGGCAAGAUCCUGAGAUGGACAAUGCAAUCUCCUCUUUCGGUGGUUUCUGCAAUCUACUCGGCUUGAACAAAGUCACGGAUUUCCUUGUCAAUCGCCGCGUUCACGAAAUAGAAGAAUGGCAACAUUAUCAACUCGAUGGUGAGGGUCAAGCUAUGCAGAAGGAGCUCGAGGAUCGAUUGAAGGCUCUUCCACUGCGGACCACAAAAUCGUUCUUAGCCUGCUCGACUGAGAAAGUCGAGAAGGAUUCUGCUCCAUACAAAGUCUCUUGUUUGCUGUGGCGGGAUGCUUUACCCGUUAUACUUCCAAACUUGCUGAAGUUCUUGAGCCAUGCACAUGCCUUCCACAAUCCGGCAAAUUGGACAGGGCUUCCUCCUGAUAUGCGUGGACUGGUGAGCCGCAUUUUAACCGAUCGAUUCUGGCAAGCGGGCAUUUCUGAGGGCAGUAAGGAUGACUUCUAUGCUCGUGUAACAGGAACAAAGUCUACCAUGGAAGGCUUUGCUUCCUCGAUUCGCGGCUCCGUUAGAACUGUCCGAGAAGCCUGCUACUCUAUCCUUUGGUGUAUGAGCAGACUCGAUGUCGACUUCUAUGGCUUCAGCGAGCUACCGGGACCAUUAGCACAUGCAUUGUUUGCUGACGCACACUGUUUGUCGUCUCAUCAGCUAAUUGCAUUGCUCAAUGUUGUACGACUGAUGGUCGAUGACUGCCCUGUUGAAUUGCGAAGCCAUUUCAUUCCCCCUAUAUUGGCGACUUGCUUUACACAGAUGGAUCUGAAAUGCAGUUCGGAGUGGGAAAAGCUCGCCUUGAAACAAGUCGCCACUGCAGAUGGGGAUGACUUGACAGACGAGAUGAAGGAAGAGAGCAUCUUGCGGCAAUUGACCCACACCGCGGUCAUGAUGAUCGGCGGAUUCUUGGAUCCUGCAAGACAGAAUCCUGGAGUUACCGCUGCUACCGCAAAAGAUGCGUCCACCUACGUCCCCGAACCCAACCCCGCAUCACAAUACCCCUCGAUGCGUAAAUUCUGUCUCACGUCCUCCACAAUCCUUGAACCUCUCCUCCUCUUUCUCACUCACGCAAUCCGCAUGCGCGACGGCCGAUGCUGCGGCGUGGUUCUCCGCGUCUUCCGCUCUCUCAUCCCCGAAUUCGCAUCGACAACAACAAACCAAGACCCACAACUCACCUCCUCCAUCCGAGAAUUCAUCAGUUCCGAGGUCCUAAAAUCCUGUAUAUCCUCUUUAAACGAACCCUACUUCGUCGACCUCCAACGCGACCUCGCACAACUAAUUGCUACCAUCCUAAUCUACUACUCUCCAUUAAGCACCACACCACGAACCGUUCUGCUCAGUCUCCCCGGCGUCGAUGAGAGGAGCGUCGACAAGUGUAUCGACUAUAUCAUGCGUCAAGGCAUGCAGCAAAGACAGCAACGGGCUUUGGUGCUCGAUCUGCUGAGGGAUAUCAAGGGCGUGAGUAUCAGCGAGCAAGGUCGAAUCACAAAGAGCGCGAGUGUGGUCAGGAAGGAGAGGAGUAAGAUGCAGCAGGAGUUCAUGAAGCAACCUACUCCAGAGAACAACAAUAAAGGGGGGAGAGCAAGUCCAUCGCUCGAGGGAAUCGCGGGGAUGUUCGAGGAGGCCUCGUGAUGAUGCAGAAAAGAAAGAAAAGAAAAGAACAGGGAGGAACUUCUGAUAUUACCGGACUGGGGAGUACGCGCGAAAGAUCCCACUGAUUGAUUGAUACCUGACCGGGCAUGGUGGGCGCAUUCGCAGGAAAAUUCAUCAGUCCCCUUUUUCUUGGUCUCGCAAAAUUACAAAAAUCAAAAUGGAGAUGAGAUGUGUAGAUGAGUGAAUAUGUACUCUCGGAGCUCUGGCUUGAUUAGCUGGUCAGUUGAGCGUAUAGUAGUAUCAAUAUAACCACGCCACGACUUG